UUCUCGUGGUCUGGCCCAUGUCAACAACCCGGAUUCACCUCGUUUAUGCAUUUCAGUGUCGCACAACCGCACUAUCACCUUCUUCAGGCCAAGAUAGUUGGGCUAGUGCGGAGUACAACUACCCAAAUACAAUAUUGAACUGUGUGUACCCCAAUCAAGUUCUCCUCGGCCAAGCAUCACGAAAGUCGGGCAGUAUCGGACUCGGAAGUGACUUCAAUGGAAUUGCGAACUCCCGCGUCCAUCGCAAGCGGCCGGGCAAUGCUGGUGGUGCAAUAGGCGACGACACCAUGUCCAUUGACUCCCGCCCGCAAAGUUUGAACGAACCUGAUCUCGCCACCGAGAAGUCGUCGGGCGGCGAGGGGAUCGCGGCCUCGGGGUGCCAACCACCCUCGAUGACCGGCCGAUCACCUCGCCGUCCUUUCAAAGACUAUCUUUCAGAAUCUGCUCUACACUGGGGUCGCACCCUAGCAAAGUUCGGUCGCUUUAUCGGACCCGGCUUCCUGAUCGCCGUCGCCUACAUCGAUCCGGGAAACUAUGCCACCGACGUUGCGGCCGGUGCAGAGUUCAAGUACAAACUACUCUUCAUCGUUCUCAUCUCUAAUCUCUUUGCCAUCCUCUUACAAUCCCUGUGCAUUAAACUGGGAACUGUUGUCGGAUCCGCGAUUGCGUUGAAUCUACUUCUCAAGAUCCCACUCGUGGCUGGCUGUGCCAUUACCUUGGUUGAUGUCCUAUUUCUUCUCCUUUUCUACCGGCCCGAUGGGUCUAUGUGGGGGCUACGUCUUUUCGAGUUCUUCGUCAUGGCCCUGGUCUUGGGAGUUGUGGUCUGCUUUUGCCUUCAGCUCUCUCUGAUCAAAGAUCAAUCAGUCGGGGAGGUGUUUCGAGGUUAUCUCCCAUCUUCGGCCAUCGUUCAAUCUGAAGGUCUUUAUCAGAGUUGUGGUAUCCUUGGCGCCACGGUCAUGCCCCACUCCCUCUUCCUUGGCAGUGGUGUGGUACAGUCACGCUUAAAGGAAUUCGAUGUCACAGCAGGCUAUGUGGAAUCCAGCGUUGCUCUAGGGAGCAGUGAUGGGGAGGUGGAGUACCGCCCUACCCUGCACGCUAUUCGUGGAUGCUUGAAGUACUCAAUCAUUGAGUUGGCACUGUCGCUAUUUACAUUCGCUCUGUUUGUCAACAGUGCCAUUCUCAUCGUCGCUGGUGCUUCUCUCUACGAUAUCCCAGGUGGCGCUGAUGCCGACCUAUUCGGCAUCCACGCACUUCUCUCCUCUUCUAUCUCGCCAGCUGCCGGUCUAGUUUUCGCCCUGGCGCUCCUCCUAUCUGGUAUCUCGGCCGGUAUUGUGUGCACAAUGGCAGGCCAGAUGGUCAGUGAAGGAAUGCUGAAGUGGAGUAUUAAACCAUGGGUCCGCAGACUCAUCACCCGUUCUAUCAGCAUCAUCCCCAGUAUCAUCAUUGCCGCGGCUGUUGGAAGAGAUGGUCUGGACAAGACUCUCACUGCCAGCCAGGUUGUCCUGAGUGUCAUUCUGCCUUUCGUUUCUGCUCCUCUCAUUUGGUUUACUUGCUUUACCCGGUACAUGACUGUACCCACCGAACGGAUCGAGGGCGAUGGAGAGGUGUCGAUCGAGCAAGUCUCGAUGAGGAACCACAUUAUCACAUCGGGGAUUGCAGUUGUCGUUUGGAUCAUUAUUGUGGUGAUGAACGUGGCUCUCUUAGUGCUGGUGGGUAUGGGUAAAGCAUCUUGA